AUGCAUGUUUUUGGUGGUGCGGUGGGUGAGACAUUGGCAUGCAAAAUUUACAUGAACAAGGUAUGUUUUUGUGUAGCAAAGGAUCAUGCCCUAUCUCUGCUCCAAAAAUGCACCACCGUCACUUCACUGCGAGAGGCGCGUCAACUCCACGCCCUCGUAUUAACUACUAUCACUGUCUUCAACUUCCAGUCUCCGUUUGUGUACAACAACAUCCUCUCUAUGUACGCACGAUGUGGUUCACUCACAGACUCUCACCUCGUGUUCGACAAAAUGCCUCGCAGAACUCUUGUUUCCUAUAAUGCACUCCUUGCAGCCUAUUCUCGAGCAUCAUCAAAUCAUGCCAUUUCUGUUCUUGAAUUGUAUACCCACAUGGAAACUAUGGGUCUUAGACCCUCCAGCAUGACUUUUACUAGCUUGCUGCAAGCAUCUUCCUUCCUUCAAUAUUGGUGGUUUGGAUCAUCGCUUCAUGCAAAGGGCUUCAAGUUGGGUUUGAAUGAUAUUUGUGUCCAAACUUCUUUGCUUAAUAUGUACUCGACUUGCGGGGAUUUGAGUUCAGCUGAAUUGGUUUUUGGAGAUAUGGUUGUUAGAGAUGAUGUUGCUUGGAAUUCUCUCAUUGUUGGAUAUCUGAAGAAUAAUAAGAUCAAGGAAGGUUUUUGGCUAUUUAUUUCAAUGAUGAGGGUUGGCUCUGUCCCAACCCAGUUCACGUAUUGUAUGGUUCUGAAUGCCUGUAGUCAUCUGAAGGAUUAUCGCUCUGGGAGAUUGAUUCAUGUCCACGUGAUUGUUGAGAAUGUGCCACUGGAUUUACAUCUGCAAAAUGCUCUGGUUGACAUGUACUGCAAUGUUGGCGAUACGCUAACAGCUUAUAAGAUUUUUAGUAGAAUGGAAGACCCGGAUUUAGUUUCUUGGAAUUCAAUGAUUGCUGGGUAUUCUGAGAAUGAGGAUGGAGAGAAGGCAAUGAAUUUGUUUGUUCGGUUGCGGGAAAUGUCUUUUCCUAAACCGGAUGACUAUACCUAUGCUGGCAUUAUAUCUGCAAUUGGUGCAUUCCCAUCUUCCAGUUAUGGAAAAUCUCUUCAUGCUGAAGUUAUUAAAAUGGGAUUUGAGAGAAGCGUCUUUGUAGGAAGCACUCUAGUGUCUAUGUAUUUCAAAAAUCAUGAAAGCGAAGCCGCUCAGAGAGUAUUUUAUUCAAUCUCAGCGAAGGAUAUUGUUCUCUGGACUGAAAUGAUCACUGGUUAUUCUAAAACGACUGAUGGAAUUAGUGCGAUAAGAUGCUUUUUUGAAAUGGUUCGUGAAGCCCAUGAGGUGGAUGACUUUGUUCUCAGUGGAGUUUUCAGUGCAUGUGCUGAUCUUGCAGUUUUAAGACAAGGUGAAAUAAUUCAUUGUUAUGCAGUUAAAUUGGGUUAUGAUGUUGAAAUGUCUGUUUCUGGGAGUCUAAUUGAUAUGUAUGCGAAAAAUGGUAGCCUUGAAGCUGCAUAUUUGGUAUUUUCCCAAGUUUCAGACCCAGAUUUGAAGUGUUGGAACUCAAUGCUUGGUGGAUAUAGUCGUCAUGGAAUGGUGGAGGAGGCAUUGAAACUUUUAGAGGAGAUUCUCAAACAAGGUCUGGUUCCGGAUCAAGUGACAUUCUUGUCUUUAUUGUCUGGUUGCAGCCACAGUAGGUUGGUUGAGCCAGCAAAAUUCCUCUGGAAUUAUAUGAACAGCAUUGGUUUGAUUCCUGGGCCUAAGCACUACUCUUGCAUGGUAACAUUGUUGAGUCGAGCAGCAUUACUGGAAGAGGCGGAAGAAAUUAUCAACAAGUCACCUUAUAUUGAAGAUAAUCUUGAACUAUGGAGAACUUUGUUAAGUGCUUGUGUUAUAAAUAAAAAUUUUGAAGUGGGAAUUCAUGCAGCAGAGGAAGUUUUGAGAUUGAAAGCAGAAGAUGGUCCAACGCUUGUUUUGCUUUCUAAUCUUUAUGCUGCUGCAACGAAAUGGGAUAAAGUUGCAGAAAUUAGAAGAAAUAUGAAGGGAUUGAUGGUGGAUAAAGAUCCAGGGUUAAGCUGGAUUGAGGCCAAGAAUGACAUUCAUGUGUUCUCUUCCGGAGAUCAUUCACACCCCAAGGCGGAUGAGGUGCAGGCUGAAUUGAAUAGGCUAAAAGGAAAUAUGAUUAGAACAGGAGAUGAUGACAGGAGAUAA